GCGGGAAGACAAAGCAGGAUUUGAUGUUUUGUCUGGCACCCAAUGGAAUAGGACCCAUCAUGAACGUGACCAAGGGCGGGCUGGUGCUGUUCUCGGGCAAUUCGAACCCGUCAUGUAUGGAGCUAUCGAGGAAAAUUGCUGAGCGCCUCGGAGUGGAGAUGGGGAAAGUCCAAGUUUACCAGGAGCCCAACAGAGAAACGAGGGUACAGAUCCAAGAAUCCGUGAGGGGGAAAGAUGUCUUCAUCAUCCAGACGGUGUCCAAGGACGUGAACACGACUAUCAUGGAACUCCUGAUCAUGGUCUACGCCUGCAAGACUUCCUGUGCCAAAAGCAUCAUCGGUGUGGUCCCCUACUUCCCGUACAGCAAGCAGUGCAAGAUGCGGAAGAGGGGCUCCAUCGUCUCCAAGCUGCUGGCCUCGAUGAUGUGCAAAGCGGGUCUGACUCACCUGAUCACCAUGGACUUGCAUCAAAAAGAAAUCCAGGGCUUCUUCAACGUUCCGGUCGACAACCUGAGAGCGUCGCCAUUUUUACUGCAGUACAUCCAAGAGGAGAUUCCAGACUACAGGAAUGCUGUGAUUGUGGCCAAAUCCCCCGCCUCUGCAAAGAGGGCGCAGUCGUUCGCAGAGCGUUUGCGGCUGGGGAUCGCUGUCAUCCACGGGGAGGCCCAAGAUGCCGAAUCGGACCUGGUGGACGGACGCCAUUCGCCCCCCACCGCCAAAAACGUUGCGGCCAUUCACCCUAGCUUAGAAAUCCCGAUGCUGAUCCCAAAAGAGAAACCGCCCAUCACAGUCGUCGGAGACGUAGGAGGAAGAAUAGCCAUCAUCGUGGACGACAUCAUUGACGACGUGGACAGUUUCCUGGCUGCCGCCGAGACGCUCAAAGAGCGAGGGGCCUACAAGAUUUUCGUCAUGGCCACCCAUGGCCUCCUUUCCUCAGACGCCCCCAGGUUGAUAGAGGAGUCUGCCAUUGAUGAGGUGGUGGUCACCAACACCAUCCCGCACGAGAUCCAAAAACUCCAGUGCCCCAAAAUUAAGACUGUGGACAUCAGCAUGAUCCUGUCGGAGGCCAUCCGCAGAAUCCACAACGGGGAGUCCAUGUCGUACCUUUUCCGAAAUAUAGGCCUAGACGACUAAUGGCGCCUCGGG